UAAGACGUUUUUUUUUUGAAAUAACAUGUAAGACAUUUUUUUGUCACUAAUACAUUAUGGAACCGAUGAAGUAGUUUUUCUAAUCUUAAAAACCAAAGCAUUGUACGUGUAAUAAUCAUGAGCAUGAAUCUAAGAAGAAGAAGAAAACUCUGUUACAUGGGUAAAAUUGUCAAGAGCGACGACUGCCACGGCGCAGAAGCGUCGGAUCCGGCGCUAACACCCAUCACCAAUGCGGCCGCCGCGCACGCUUCCGCUGCCGCACUUCACUCUCCCGCCGCUUGCCGGCGAGGACCUCGCCUUCGUCACCGCCCUCCGCUCCCACCUCUCCUCCUCCCCGGAGCUCGCGCCCUCCUCCCUCUCCCGCUUCCUACCCCAACUCAACCACCUCCGCCUCUCACACCUCCUCCUUUCCCCGCCCCGGGUGCCCCACGACGUCCUCUCCUCCCUCCUCCCCUCGCCGCCGCCCCCGCUCCCCUUCGCCCUCCUCCUCCACGCCCUCACCCCGCGCCGCUCCUCCGAGCUCCUCGCCUCACUGCUCCCCUCCAUCUCGCACCACGCCUUCCCGGAGCUCCUCCACCACCUCAUCUUGACCGCUCGCCUCGCCGCCGGGAGCCGCGGCACCGGCGCCGCAGUGCCGGCCGUCGAAGUUCUCUUCUCUGCUUGCGCGCGCCGAAACAAGCUCUCUCAGGCCACGCUCACCUUCCGCGCCAUGCGUGCGCAUGGCCUGCUCCCGCGGGUCGAGUCCUGCAACGUCUUCAUCUCCGCGGCGCUCCGCCUGAAGCGCCCCGAGAUCGCCGUGUCCUUCUUCCGGGAGAUGCGCCGGUGCUGUAUCUCGCCCAACAUGUACACGGCCAACAUGGUGUUGCGGGCCUUCUGUGCCUUGGGGCGGGUCGCCGACGCGGCCACGGUGCUCGAUGAAAUGCCGGAUUGGGGGGUUGAUAGGACGGUGGUCAGCUUCAACACGCUGAUCGCAGCUUAUUGUAAGGAGCAUGGUGGUCUGGAACAUGCGCUGGAGCUGAAGAAGAGGAUGGAGCUGGAGGGGCUAGCGCCCAGUGAGGUGACCUAUAACACGAUCCUCCAUGUGCUGUGCAAGGAGGGAAGGAUGCAGCAAGCGAAUCGUUUGUUGAGCGAAAUGAAGGUGAAGAGGGUUGUGCCGAACACAGUGACAUACAAUACUCUGAUUUAUGGGUAUGUCAUGCAUGGUGAUAAUGGCACAGCGUGGAGGGUUCAUGAAGGGAUGGUUAAGAAUGGAGUCGAGCUUGAUAUCAUAACUUACAAUGCGCUCAUUCUUGGUCUUUGCCGGGAUGGGAAGAUAAAAAAGGCCGUGCAUUUGUUUCAGCAGCUUGACAGGUCCAAGCUUGAACCGAAUGCUUCAACUUUCUCAGCGUUGAUUCUUGGGCACUGUAAGGCGCAGAAUUCAGAGCGAGCACUGCAACUGUUGAAUGUGAUGAAAAAAUCUGGCUUCCAUCCGAAUUACGACACAUAUAAGAUUGUUAUAUCUACUUUCUACAAGAAUAAGGAUUUUGAAGGAGCAGUGGAUGUGAUGAAGGAGCUUCUCGAGAUGUGCAUGGCUCCUGACAAGGCCUUAUUGCAUGAAUUCUUUGAAGCCCUCUCAAAGGCUAAAAAACUCCACCUAGCAGAAGGUCUGCAGUUAGCUGAUAAAGGUGGAAAGUUUAUUCCAUCUAUCUACUAUACUGGUGAUUACAGGAACAACGGCGAAGAGAAAACUGCAUGUUAACAUGCAGAAACCUCAAUGAGGCCUCAUUAGAAUGUAGCUGAAUUGCUUAAUCCUGAGAGAAGAUGACUGUAGCAAAUGGAGUACUACAUACUGCAUACUACAUGUCUACACAAAGAUGUCAACCAAGAAUUCUUCAUAAUCAGAUGCUUAUGGAGUUACAGGCUUGCACUUUUCUUGGAACAACUUGUGUUAUUCCAUUGACAGAGUAUCCGAUGAAACUCCACUAGUGGAAAUUUGAAUUGAUUUGUGCUGGUUCUAGCACCAGCACCAUAUCAGAUAGUGCUCACUUCAAACAUCUUCUUGAAACCAUCUAAAAGGCCAUCUGUUCGGCUGUUCAAAUUCAAAUUCAGUUUGUAUUGGAGGAAAAUUUCUGCAGGCAAAGCAGUUGGCACUGACUUCCCCAUUUUCUUCAGUUUUUGAACAUGGCUUAUAAGACGUUGUGGUUCUCCUCUUUUA